AAAUUACUCGCUAACUAUGGAGCCGGAGGAAGGAGAAACGUAUCCGAAACAGGCAACGGGAAUGCGCGGCGAAAAGAAUCCAGCUAUCGACUACGAUGAAGACAGACUACACGAGAUGACGGCAUCUUAUUCAGAAAUAUCGUUCGAUUCGCAAUCGUCUCCGCCCGUUUCGGAGCUAAGAUCACUGAUCGAUUCCCCAGAUAUAGACGGAACGAAAUUUUUGGAUGGUAGCUUGGAAAAGAUGAACGGAAUUGGCGGGAGGCCAGAUCAGUUAAAUCUGAGAAAUAGGGAAACGAGUCCGAUCGAGGAUGAGGACGUGACAGAUGCCCCGAGUUAUCACAAAGCUAUGGGAUAUUUGCAACUCGAGGGGACCGUGAUGCAGGACGGUGACAUGGUGUUGUUUGUCGCGGAGGAUUUAGAAAAUAAAAUCAAACUCUCGAGCCCCGUGACGAAGAAAGGGGAGACUCCUUCCUUCCCGGGCUCCCGUAGUUCUACUCCUUGUUUGUACCGACAAGCGUUGACACCCCAGGUGCCACUUCUCGAUCACAACGUUUUGAACGAGUUAGAAAUGGAAGCGAGGAAAGUGGCCACCUCGGUCGACGCGUUGACGGAAAAUUUAGCUGCGAUCUUGCACAGUGCGUCUGCACUCACUGUCGGUUGUUUAGAAACGUACAGGGAUGCAGUUUGCAAAACGUGCGAUGCGGUCGAUCACAAUAUUAAAUCGAUGUACCAAUUAAUGGCGAAAUGCGAGGAACUAUCGAAAUCAAUGGGGCCUGUGUAUAAAUUAGCAGAGCAAAUCAAGGAAAUGAAAAGAAUGUUGGAGCUGUUCGAAAGCGCGAUGAAUCUCUAAACCGUUUUACCUUGAAGAUUUUCUAUCUUGUAUAAUUACGUUAAUACUUAUCGUUAAGUUGAAUAUAUAUCGUUCGAAACAAUAUACAUAUAUUUGAGUAUUAUGCAUUUCCACCCUACGUCUUAAUUAAUUUAUACGUUGAAUAAAGCAAUACAGCAAGUUA